AUGGCAAUAGGGAUGGUAAUGGUGAGAGCUGCUGCGUGGUGGGAUUUCUAUGGUAAUUAUGGCAAUAGGGAUGGUAAUGGUGAGAUGGGUAGGGGUAACAUGUUGGGAGAAGAUGGGAUGCAUGACAUGGGGUUGGUUGGGCAGCGACAAAGGAGAUGGGUGAAACCAAGUGGGGGAGUCAUCAAACUUAAUAUCGACGGGGCGCUGGAGGUAACCAAAGGGGUUUUUGGUACGGGAGCAGUUUGCAGGGAUGAGAAUGGUACUUGUAUUGGGGUCCUGGCUGUCCCAAUGGUGGGUUUUGUGAGUCCACAAACAUGUGAGUUUCUAGCUCUGGUCAAUGGAUUGCAUUUCUGUCUACAAGCGGGGUUUACUAGAUUGGAAAUAGAAGGUGAUGCUCAGAACAUUUUCCAGGCUUUAAACUCUGAUCAGGAAGACCUCAGUUCAGAUGGUGCACUAGUUGAUGAAGCCAAGGUACUUUUAAGUUCUUUUCAGUUUUGUAGUUGGGGGUACAUCCCAAGAGAGUGUAAUAAUGCUGCUCAUUGUGUGGCAAAAGUCGCGUUAUCUCUACCUUUCCCUACUUAUUGGUGGAGGAUGGCGCCAGAUUGGCUUAUUCCAAUUCUAGUUGAUGAGUCUUUGUAA